AUGUCUAAACCAGAAGCUAAAGAUUUGAGCCACUUAUUAAGUGAAGAAGCUAAGUCGAGAAAAAAUUCUCCAUUGAAAGCUGCUUUCAAGUAUUACAAACAACCGGGAAUGACAUUCUUGGGCGGUGGAUUACCAUUGUCAGAUUACUUUCCAUUCAACAAAGUGACUGCAGAUAUUCCAUCGGCACCAUUUCCAAAUGGUAUUGGUGCCACAAUUAGUGAUGAAGAUAAAAGUGUUAUAGAAGUGUACAAAAAGGCCGAGAUGAACAAGGCAGAAGACAAGCAGGUCGAAUUAUCCAGAUCAUUGCAAUACGGACACACCGAGGGCCAUACAGAGAUUAUUGAUUUUUUAAAGGAACACACCGAGCAAAUUCACAAUGUUCCAUAUAAGGACUGGGAUCUUAUUGCAUCUGUUGGUAACACGCAAUCGUGGGAUGCCACUUUGAGAUCGUUUGUCACUAGAGGCGAUUCGAUCUUGGUUGAAGAAUAUUCUUUCAGUUCGGCAUUGGAAACUGCGCAUGCACAGGGAGUUAAUACUAUUCCAGUUCCAAUGGAUGCAAAGGGGAUUCUUCCAGAAUCAUUAGAAAAGCAGUUAGAUCAAUGGGUUGGGCCAAAGCCAAAAUUGUUAUACACUAUUUGUACCGGUCAGAAUCCAACUGGAUCUUGUAUUUCUGCUGAAAGAAGAAAAGCCAUCUACGAAUUGGCUUGUAAGCAUGAUUUCAUCAUCAUUGAAGACGAACCUUACUACUUCUUGCAAAUGGAAGAAUAUACCACCGACGAAAAGAAAAGAGAAAACAACAAAGUCAAUAGCCAUGACGAAUUCGUCAAGGCUUUAGUUCCGUCCUAUAUAUCCCUUGAUGUCGAGGGUAGAGUUAUUAGAUUAGAUUCAUUUUCUAAGGUUUUGGCACCUGGUUUAAGAUUUGGUUGGAUUGUCGGACAAGCCAAAUUACUCGAGAGAUUUGUCAGAAUCCAUGAAGUUUCUAUCCAAUGUCCAUCUGGUUUUACUCAAUCUCUUACUAAUGCGUUGUUACAAAAGUGGGGUCACAAGGGUUACUUGGAUUGGUUAAUUGGCUUACGUGCUGAAUAUACGCACAAGAGAGACGUCGCUAUUGAUGCAGUUAACAAGUAUUUCCCUAAAGAAGUUGUGACAUUUGUCCCACCAGUGGCCGGUAUGUUCUUCACUACUACUAUCGAUGCUUCCAAGCACCCUAAGUUCAAAACCGAGUUUAACGAAGACCCACUUCAAGUUGAAAACGCUAUUUACGAGCAAGCCUUGAAACAAGGUUGUUUGAUGAUUCCUGGCUCGUGGUUCAAGACCCAAGGUGAAUCAAAUCCACCACAACCCGAAUUGCCAGAAAAUCCUGAAAACAAGAACACCUUCUUCUUUAGGGGUACAUAUGCUGCCGUUCCGUUAGAUCAAUUAGUCAUAGGAUUAGAAAAAUUCGGUAAAGCGGUUAAGAUUGAAUAUGGUCUCUAA